AUGGUGGAGCAGAGGUUAGAGCCUGGGCUUCAUGGUGGAGCAGAGGUUAAGCCGGAGCCAGAGGGCCUGGGCUUCAUGGUGGAGCAGAGGUUGUUGGAGAGCUCGAUGCUGAACGCUGAAGUGAAAGAAGGAGAGAUCCUGCCUCCCACCAUCCAGCGCCUGAUGAAGGGAUACAACAAGUACCUGCGGCCGUUCUUCGACAGAACUAAAUCCCCGACGGAGGCUCCAGCUCCAGCGGUCGGCGCGUGUCGAGUCCAAGCGGCCGCACGUAACCUCGCUCGCGGACGGUCCUGUGACGGUCGGGAUGAGCAUGGACAUCGCCAGCAUCGACACCAUCUCAGAAAUCAAUAUGGUACGGCCACACUGCCUCUCUCUCCCCUCACCCGCCUUCUCUCUCUCUCUCCUCCCCUCACCCGCCUUCUCCCUCUCUCUCUCUCUCCUCACCCGCCUUCUCCCUCUCUCUCUCUCUCCUCACCCGCCUUCUCCCUCUCUCUCUCUCUCCUCACCCGCCUUCUCUCUCUCUCUCCUCCCCUCACCCGCCUUCUCCCUCUCUCUCUCUCUCCUCACCCGCCUUCUCUCUCUCCUCUCCUCACCUCACCCGCCUUCCCUCUCUCUCUCCUCCCCUCACCUGCCUUCUCUCUCUCUCUCCUCCCCUCACCCGCCUUCCCUCUCUCUCUCCUCCCCUCACCUGCCUUCUCUCUCUCUCUCCUCCCCUCACCCGCCUUCUCUCUCUCUCUCCUCCCCUCACCCGCCUUCCCUCUCUCUCUCCUCACCUCACCCGCCUUCUCUCUCUCUCUCCUCACCUCACCCGCCUUCUCUCUCUCUCUCCUCACCUCACCCGCCUUCUCUCUCUCUCUCCUCCCCUCACCCGCCUUCUCUCUCUCUCUCCUCACCUCUGCCUCUCUCCUCACCUCUCCUCUUCUCUCUCUCUCUCUCUCCCUCACCCGCCUCUCUCUCUCUCUCUCCUUCCCUCACCCGCCUUCUCCCUCUCUCUCCUCCCCUCACCCGCCUUCUCCCUCUCUCUCCUCACCUCACCUGCCUUCUCUCUCUCUCUCCUACCCUCACCCACCUUCUCUCUCUCUCUCCUCUCCUCACCCGCCUUCUCUCUCUCUCUCUCCUCACCUCACCCACCUUCUCUCUCCUCACCUCACCCACCUUCUCCCUCUCUCUCCUCCCCUCACCCGCCUUCUCUCUCUCUCUCCUCCCCUCACCCGCCUUCUCUCUCUCUCUCCUCACCUCACCCGCCUUCUCUCUCUCUUUCCUCCCCUCACCCGCCUUCUCUCUCUCUCUCCUCACCUCACCCGCCUUCUCUCUCUCUCUCCUCCCCUCACCCGCCUUCUCUCUCCCUCUCUCCUCCCCUCACCCGCCUUCUCUCUCUCUCUCCUCCCCUCACCCGCCUUCUCUCUCUCUCUCCUCACCUCACCCGCCUUCUCUCUCUCUCUCCUUCCCUCACCCGCCUUCUCCCUCUCUCUCCUUCCCUCACCCGCCUUCUCUCUCUCUCUCCUCACCUCACCUGCCUUCUCUCUCUCUCUCCUCACCUCACCCGCCUUCUCUCCCUCUCUCCUCCCCUCACCCGCCUUCUCUCUCUCUCUCCUUCCCUCACCCGCCUUCUCCCUCUCUCUCCUCCCCUCACCCGCCUUCUCCCUCUCUCUCCUCACCUCACCUGCCUUCUCUCUCUCUCUCCUACCCUCACCCACCUUCUCUCUCUCUCUCCUCUCCUCACCCGCCUUCUCUCUCUCUCUCCUCACCUCACCCGCCUUCUCCCUCUCUCUCCUCCCCUCACCCGCCUUCUCUCUCUCUCUCCUCACCUCACCCGCCUUCUCUCUCUCUCUCCUUCCCUCACCCGCCUUCUCCCUCUCUCUCCUUCCCUCACCCGCCUUCUCUCCUUCUCUCCUCCCCUCACCCGCCUCUCUCUCUCUCUCUCCUCACCUCACCCGCCUUCUCUCUCUCUCUCCUUCCCUCACCCACCUUCUCCCUCUCUCUCCUUCCCUCACCCGCCUUCUCUCUCUCUCUCCUCACCUCACCUGCCUUCUCUCUCUCUCUCCUCACCUCACCCGCCUUCUCUCCCUCUCUCCUCCCCUCACCCGCCUUCUCUCUCUCUCUCCUCACCUCACCCGCCUUCUCUCUCUCUCUCCUUCCCUCACCCGCCUUCUCCCUCUCUCUCCUCCCCUCACCCGCCUUCUCCCUCUCUCUCCUCCCCUCACCCGCCUUCUCUCUCUCUCUCCUCACCUCACCCGCCUUCUCUCUCUCUCUCCUUCCCUCACCCGCCUUCUCCCUCUCUCUCCUCCCCUCACCCGCCUUCUCCCUCUCUCUCCUCACCUCACCUGCCUUCUCUCUCUCUCUCCUACCCUCACCCACCUUCUCUCUCUCCCUCCUCACCUCACCCACCUUCUCUCUCCUCACCUCACCCACCUUCUCCCUCUCUCUCCUCCCCUCACCCGCCUUCUCCCUCUCUCUCCUCCCCUCACCCGCCUUCUCUCUCUCUCUCCUCACCUCACCCGCCUUCUCUCUCUCUCUCCUUCCCUCACCCGCCUUCUCCCUCUCUCUCCUUCCCUCACCCGCCUUCUCUCUCUCUCUCCUUCCCUCACCCGCCUUCUCUCUCUCUUUCCUCACCUCAACCGCCUUCUCUCUCUCUGCUUCCCUCACCCGCCUUCUCUCUCUCUCUCCUCACCUCACCCGCCUUCUCUCUCUCUCCUCACCUCACCCGCCUUCUCUCUCUCUCUCCUCCCCUCACCCGCCUUCUCUCUCUCUCUCCUUCCCUCACCCGCCUUCUCUCUCUCUUUCCUCACCUCACCCGCCUUCUCUCUCUCUCUCCUCACCUCACCCGCCUUCUCUCUCUCUCUCCUCCCCUCACCCGCCUUCUCUCUCUCUCUCCUUCCCUCACCCGCCUUCUCUCUCUCUUUCCUCACCUCACCCGGCUUCUCUCUCUCUCUCUCUCCCUCACCUCACCCGCCUUCUCUCUCUCUCUCCUCACCUCACCCGCCUUCUCUCUCUCUCUCCUCACCUCACCCGCCUUCUCUCUCUCUCUCCUCCCCUCACCCGCCUUCUCUCUCUCUCUCCUCCCCUCACCCGCCUUCUCUCUCUCUCUCCUCACCUCACCCGCCUUCUCUCUCUCUCUCCUCCCCUCACCCGCCUUCUCUCUCUCUCUCCUCACCUCACCCGCCUUCUCUCUCUCUCUCCUCCCCUCACCCGCCUUCUCUCUCUCUCUCCUCCCCUCACCCGCCUUCUCUCUCUCUCUCCUCCCCUCACCCGCCUUCUCUCUCUCUCUCCUCCCCUCACCCGCCUUCUCUCUCUCUCUCCUCACCUCACCCGCCUUCUCUCUCUCUCUCCUUCCCUCACCCGCCUUCUCCCUCUCUCUCCUUCCCUCACCCGCCUUCUCUCUCUCUUUCCUCACCUCACCCGCCUUCUCUCUCUCUCUCCUUCCCUCACCCGCCUUCUCUCUCUCUUUCCUCACCUCACCCGCCUUCUCUCUCUCUCUCCUCACCUCACCCGCCUUCUCUCUCUCUCUCCUCACCUCACCCGCCUUCUCUCUCUCUCUCCUCCCCUCACCCGCCUUCUCUCUCUCUCUCCUCACCUCACCCGCCUUCUCUCUCUCUCUCCUCACCUCACCCGCCUUCUCUCUCUCUCUCCUCCCCUCACCCGCCUUCUCUCUCUCUCUCCUCCCCUCACCCGCCUUCUCUCUCUCUCUCCUCACCUCACCCGCCUUCUCUCUCUCUCUCCUCCCCUCACCCGCCUUCUCUCUCUCUCUCCUCACCUCACCCGCCUUCUCUCUCUCUCUCCUCCCCUCACCCGCCUUCUCUCUCUCUCUCCUCACCUCACCCGCCUUCUCUCUCUCUCUCCUUCCCUCACCCGCCUUCUCCCUCUCUCUCCUUCCCUCACCCGCCUUCUCUCUCUCUCUCCUCACCUCACCUGCCUUCUCUCUCUCUCUCCUCACCUCACCCGCCUUCUCUCCCUCUCUCCUCCCCUCACCCGCCUUCUCUCUCUCUCUCCUCACCUCACCCGCCUUCUCUCUCUCUCUCCUACCCUCACCCACCUUCUCUCUCUCUCUCCUCUCCUCACCCGCCUUCUCUCUCUCUCUCCUCACCUCACCCACCUUCUCUCUCCUCACCUCACCCACCUUCUCCCUCUCUCUCCUCCCCUCACCCGCCUUCUCCCUCUCUCUCCUCCCCUCACCCGCCUUCUCUCUCUCUCUCCUCACCUCACCCGCCUUCUCUCUCUCUCUCCUUCCCUCACCCGCCUUCUCCCUCUCUCUCCUUCCCUCACCCGCCCUUCUCUCUCUCUCUCCUUCCCUCACCCGCCUUCUCUCUCUCUUUCCUCACCUCAACCGCCUUCUCUCUCUCUGCUUCCCUCACCCGCCUUCUCUCUCUCUCUCCUCACCUCACCCGCCUUCUCUCUCUCUCUCCUCACCUCACCCGCCUUCUCUCUCUCUCUCCUCCCCUCACCCGCCUUAUCUCUCUCUCUCCUCACAUCACCCGCAUUCUCUCUCUCUUUCCGCACCUCACCCGCCUUCUCUCUCUCUCUCCUCACCUCACAAGCCUUCUCUCUCUCUCUCCUCACCUCACCCGCCUUCUCUCUCUCUCUCCUCCCCUCACCCGCCUUCUCUCUCUCUCUCCUCACAUCACCCGCAUUCUCUCUCUCUUUCCGCACCUCACCCGCCUUCUCUCUCUCUCUCCUCACCUCAACCCCCUUCUCUCCUUCUCUUCUCUUCUCCCCUCACCCGCCUUCUCUCUCUCUCUCCUUACCUCACCCGCCUUCUCUCUCUCUCUCCUUCCCUCACCCGCCUUCUCUCUCUCUCUCCUCCCCUCACCCGCCUUCUCUCUUUCUCUCCUCCCCUCACCCGCCUUCUCUCUCUCUCUCCUCCCCUCACCCGCCUUCUCUCUUUCUCUCCUCCCCUCACCCGCCUUCUCUCUCUCUCUCCUCCCCUCACCCGCCUUCUCUCUCUCUCUCCUCCCCUCACCCGCCUUCUCUCUCUCCUCACCUCACCCACCUUCUCCCUCUCUCUCCUCCCCUCACCCGCCUUCUCUCUCUCUCUCCUCACCUCACCCGCCUUCUCUCUCUCUCUCCUUCCCUCACCCGCCUUCUCUCUCUCUCUCCUCCCCUCACCCGCCUUCUCUCUUUCUCUCCUCCCCUCACCCGCCUUCUCUCUCUCUCUCCUCCCCUCACCCGCCUUCUCUCUCCCUCUCUCCUCCCCUCACCCGCCUUCUCUCUCUCUCUCCUCCCCUCACCCGCCUUCUCCCUCUCUCUCCUCCCCUCACCCGCCUUCUCUCUCUCUCUCCUCACCUCACCCGCCUUCUCUCUCUCUCUCCUUCCCUCACCCGCCUUCUCCCUCUCUCUCCUCCCCUCACCCGCCUUCUCCCUCUCUCUCCUCCCCUCACCCGCCUUCUCUCUCUCUCUCCUCACCUCACCCGCCUUCUCUCUCUCUCUCCUUCCCUCACCCGCCUUCUCUCUCUCUCUCCUCCCCUCACCCGCCUUCUCUCUUUCUCUCCUCCCCUCACCCGCCUUCUCUCUCUCUCUCCUCCCCUCACCCGCCUUCUCUCUCCCUCUCUCCUCCCCUCACCCGCCCUUCUCUCUCUCUCCUCCCCUCACCCGCCUUCUCCCUCUCUCUCCUCCCCUCACCCGCCUUCUCUCUCUCUCUCCUCACCUCACCCGCCUUCUCUCUCUCUCUCCUUCCCUCACCCGCCUUCUCCCUCUCUCUCCUCCCCUCACCUGCCUCCUCUCUCUCUCUCCUACCCUCACCCACCUUCUCUCUCUCCCUCCUCACCUCACCCACCUUCUCUCUCCUCACCUCACCCACCUUCUCCCUCUCUCUCCUCCCCUCACCCGCCUUCUCUCUCUCUCUCCUCACCUCAUCCGCCUUCUCUCUCUCUCUCCUCCCCUCACCCGCCUUCUCCCUCUCUCUCCUUCCCUCACCCGCCUUCUUCCUCUCUCUCCUUCCCUCACCCGCCUUCUCUCUCUCUUUCCUCACCUCACCUGCCUUCUCUCUCUCUCUCCUACCCUCACCCACCUUCUCUCUCUCCCUCCUCACCUCACCCACCUUCUCUCUCCUCACCUCACCUGCCUUCUCUCUCUCUCUCCUACCCUCACCCACCUUCUCUCUCUCUCUCCUCUCCUCACCCGCCUUCUCUCUCUCUCUCCUCACCUCACCCGCCUUCUCCCUCUCUCUCCUCCCCUCACCCGCCUUCUCUCUCUCUCUCCUCACCUCACCCGCCUUCUCUCUCUCUCUCCUUCCCUCACCCGCCUUCUCCCUCUCUCUCCUUCCCUCACCCGCCUUCUCUCCCUCUCUCCUCCCCUCACCCGCCUUCUCUCUCUCUCUCUCUCCUCACCUCACCCGCCUUCUCUCUCUCUCUCCUUCCCUCACCCACCUUCUCCCUCUCUCUCCGUCCCUCACCCGCCUUCUCUCUCUCUCUCCUCACCUCACCUGCCUUCUCUCUCUCUCUCCUCACCUCACCCGCCUUCUCUCCCUCUCUCCUCCCCUCACCCGCCUUCUCUCUCUCUCUCCUCACCUCACCCGCCUUCUCUCUCUCUCUCCUUCCCUCACCCGCCUUCUCCCUCUCUCUCCUCCCCUCACCCGCCUUCUCCUCUCUCUCUCCCCUCACCCCCUCUCACCCGCCUUCUCUCUCUCUCUCCUCACCUCACCCGCCUUCUCUCUCUCUCUCCUUCCCUCACCCGCCUUCUCCCUCUCUCUCCUUCCCUCACCCGCCUUCUCUCUCUCUCUCCUUCCCUCACCCGCCUUCUCUCUCUCUUUCCUCACCUCAACCGCCUUCUCUCUCUCUGCUUCCCUCACCCGCCUUCUCUCUCUCUCUCCUCACCUCACCCCGCCUUCUCUCUCUCUCUCCUCACCUCACCCGCCUCUCUCUCUCUCUCUCCUCCCUCACCCGCCUCUCUCUCUCUCUCUCCUUCCCUCACCCGCCUUCUCUCUCUCUUUCCUCACCUCACCCGCCUUUCUCUCUCUCUCUCCUCACCUCACCCGCCUUCUCUCUCUCUCUCCUCCCCUCACCCGCCUUCUCUCUCUCUCUCCUUCCCUCACCCGCCUUCUCUCUCUCUUUCCUCACCUCACCCGCUUCUCUCUCUCUCUCUCACCUCACCGCCUUCUCUCUCUCUCUCCUCACCUCACCUGCCUUCUCUCUCUCUCUCUCCUCACCUCACCCGCCUUCUCUCUCUCUCUCCUCCCCUCACCCGCCUUCUCUCUCUCUCUCUCCUCCCCUCACCCGCCUUCUCUCUCUCUCUCCUCACCUCACCCGCCUUCUCUCUCUCUCUCCUCCCCUCACCCGCCUUCUCUCUCUCUCUCCUCACCUCACCCGCCUUCUCUCUCUCUCUCCUCCCCUCACCCGCCUUCUCUCUCUCUCUCCUCCCUCACCCGCCUUCUCUCUCUCUCUCCUCCCCUCACCCGCCUUCUCUCUCUCUCUCCUCCCCUCACCCGCCUUCUCUCUCUCUCUCCUCACCUCACCCGCCUUCUCUCUCUCUCUCCUUCCCUCACCCGCCUUCUCCCUCUCUCUCCUUCCCUCACCCGCCUUCUCUCUCUCUUUCCUCACCUCACCCGCCUUCUCUCUCUCUCUCCUUCCCUCACCCGCCUUCUCUCUCUCUUUCCUCACCUCACCCGCCUUCUCUCUCUCUCCUCCUCACCUCACCCGCCUUCUCUCUCUCUCUCCUCACCUCACCCGCCUUCUCUCUCUCUCUCCUCCCCUCACCCGCCUUCUCUCUCUCUCUCCUCCCCUCACCCGCCUUCUCUCUCUCUCUCCUCACCUCACCCGCCUUCUCUCUCUCUCUCCUCCCCUCACCCGCCUUCUCUCUCUCUCUCCUCACCUCACCCGCCUUCUCUCUCUCUCUCCUCCCCUCACCCGCCUUCUCUCUCCCUCUCUCCUCCCCUCACCCGCCUUCUCUCUCUCUCUCCUCACCUCACCCGCCUUCUCUCUCUCUCUCCUCCCCUCACCCGCCUUCUCUCUCUCUCUCCUCACCUCACCCGCCUUCUCUCCCUCUCUCCUCCCCUCACCCGCCUUCUCUCUCUCUCUCCUCACCUCACCCGCCUUCUCUCUCUCUCUCCUUCCCUCACCCGCCUUCUCCCUCUCUCUCCUUCCCUCACCCGCCUUCUCUCUCUCUCUCCUCACCUCACCUGCCUUCUCUCUCUCUCUCCUCACCUCACCCGCCUUCUCUCCCUCUCUCCUCUCCUCACCCGCCUUCUCUCUCUCUCUCCUCACCUCACCCGCCUUCUCUCUCUCUCUCCUACCCUCACCCACCUUCUCUCUCUCUCUCCUCUCCUCACCCGCCUUCUCUCUCUCUCUCCUCACCUCACCCACCUUCUCCCUCUCUCUCCUCCCCUCACCCGCCUUCUCCCUCUCUCUCCUCCCCUCACCCGCCUUCUCUCUCUCUCUCCUCACCUCACCCGCCUUCUCUCUCUCUCUCCUUCCCUCACCCGCCUUCUCCCUCUCUCUCCUUCCCUCACCCGCCUUCUCUCUCUCUCUUUCCUCACCUCACCUGCCUUCUCUCUCUCUCUCCUCACCUCACCCGCCUUCUCUCUCUCUCUCCUCACCUCACCCGCCUUCUCUCUCUCUCUCCUACCCUCACCCACCUUCUCUCUCUCUCUCCUCUCCUCACCCGCCUUCUCUCUCUCUCUCCUCACCUCACCCACCUUCUCCCUCUCUCUCCUCCCCUCACCCGCCUUCUCCCUCUCUCUCCUCCCCUCACCCGCCUUCUCUCUCUCUCUCCUCACCUCACCCGCCUUCUCUCUCUCUCUCCUUCCCUCACCCGCCUUCUCCCUCUCUCUCCUUCCCUCACCCGCCUUCUCUCUCUCUUUCCUCACCUCACCUGCCUUCUCUCUCUCUCUCCUCACCUCACCCGCCUUCUCUCUCUCUCUCCUCACCUCACCCGCCUUCUCUCUCUCUCUCCUCCCCUCACCCGCCUUCUCUCUCUCUCUCCUCACAUCACCCGCAUUCUCUCUCUCUUUCCGCACCUCACCCGCCUUCUCUCUCUCUCUCCUCACCUCACCCGCCUUCUCCCUCUCUCUCCUCACCUCACCCGCCUUCUCUCUCUCUCUCCUCACAUCACCCGCAUUCUCUCUCUCUUUCCGCACCUCACCCGCCUUCUCUCUCUCUCUCCUCACCUCAACCCCCUUCUCUCCUUCUCUUCUCUUCUCCCCUCACCCGCCUUCUCUCUCUCUCUCCUUACCUCACCCGCCUUCUCUCUCUCUCUCCUCCCCUCACCCGCCUUCUCUCUUUCUCUCCUCCCCUCACCCGCCUUCUCUCUCUCUCUCUCCUCCCCUCACCCGCCUUCUCUCUCCCUCUCUCCUCCCCUCACCCGCCUUCUCUCUCUCUCUCCUCCCCUCACCCGCCUUCUCCCUCUCUCUCCUCCCCUCACCCGCCUUCUCUCUCUCUCUCCUCACCUCACCCGCCUUCUCUCUCUCUCUCCUUCCCUCACCCGCCUUCUCCCUCUCUCUCCUCCCCUCACCCGCCUUCUCCCUCUCUCUCCUCACCUCACCUGCCUUCUCUCUCUCUCUCCUACCCUCACCCACCUUCUCUCUCUCCCUCCUCACCUCACCCACCUUCUCUCUCCUCACCUCACCCACCUUCUCCCUCUCUCUCCUCCCCUCACCCGCCUUCUCCCUCUCUCUCCUUCCCUCACCCGCCUUCUCUCUCUCUCUCUCCUUCCCUCACCCGCCUUCUCUCUCUCUUUCCUCACCUCAACCGCCUUCUCUCUCUCUGCUUCCCUCACCCGCCUUCUCUCUCUCUCUCCUCACCUCACCCGCCUUCUCUCUCUCUCCUCACCUCACCCGCCUUCUCUCUCUCUCUCCUCCCCUCACCCGCCUUAUCUCUCUCUCUCCUCACAUCACCCGCAUUCUCUCUCUCUUUCCGCACCUCACCCGCCUUCUCUCUCUCUCUCCUCACCUCACCCGCCUUCUCCCUCUCUCUCCUCACCUCACCCGCCUUCUCUCUCUCUCUCCUCCCCUCACCCGCCUUCUCUCUCUCUCUCCUCACAUCACCCGCAUUCUCUCUCUCUUUCCGCACCUCACCCGCCUUCUCUCUCUCUCUCCUCACCUCAACCCCCUUCUCUCCUUCUCUUCUCUUCUCCCCUCACCCACCUUCUCUCUCUCUCUCCUUACCUCACCCGCCUUCUCUCUCUCUCUCCUCCCCUCACCCGCCUUCUCUCUUUCUCUCCUCCCCUCACCCGCCUUCUCUCUCUCUCUCCUCCCCUCACCCGCCUUCUCUCUCUCUCUCCUCUCUCCUCACCUCACCCGCCUUCUCUCUCUCUCUCCUCACCUCACCCGCCUUCUCUCUCUCUCUCCUCACCUCACCCGCCUUCUCUCUCUCUCUCCUCUCCUCACCCGCCUUCUCUCUCUCUCUCCUCCCCUCACCCGCCUUCUCUCUCUCUCUCCUCCCCUCACCCGCCUUCUUCUCCUCUCUCUCUCUCCUCCCCUCACCCGCCUUCUCUCUCUCUCUCUCCUCCCUCACCCGCCUUCUCUCUCUCUCUCCUCCCUCACCCGCCUUCUCUCUCUCUCUCCUCCCCUCACCCGCCUUCUCUCUCUCUCUCCUCCCCUCACCCGCCUUCUCUCUCUCUCUCCUCCCCUCACCCGCCUUCUCUCUCUCUCUCCUCCCUCACCCGCCUUCUCUCUCUCUCUCCUCCCUCACCCGCCUUCUCUCUCUCUCUCCUUCCCUCACCCGCCUUCUCUCUCUCUCUCCUUCCCUCACCCGCCUUCUCCUCUCUCUUCCUCCUCACCCGCCUCUCUCUCUCUCUCCUCACUCCGCCUUCUCUCUCUCUCUCCUCACCUCACCCGCCUCUCUCUCUCUCCUCACCUCACCCGCCUUCUCUCUCUCUCUCUCCCUCACCCGCCUUCUCUCUCUCUCUCCUCACCUCACCCGCCUUCUCUCUCUCUCUCCUCACCUCACCCGCCUUCUCUCUCUCUCUCUCCUCCCCUCACCCGCCUUCUCUCUCUCUCUCUCUCUCCUCCCCUCACCCGCCUUCUCUCUCCUCUCUCCUCCCCUCACCCGCCUUCUCUCUCUCUCUCCUCACCUCACCCGCCUUCUCUCUCUCUCUCCUCCCCUCACCCGCCUUCUCUCUCUCUCUCCUCACCUCACCCGCCUUCUCUCCCUCUCUCCUCCCCUCACCCGCCUUCUCUCUCUCUCUCCUCACCUCACCCGCCUUCUCUCUCUCUCUCCUACCCUCACCCGCCUUCUCCCUCUCUCUCCUUCCCUCACCCGCCUUCUCUCUCUCUCUCCUCACCUCACCUGCCUUCUCUCUCUCUCUCCUCACCUCACCCGCCUUCUCUCUCUCUCUCCUCCCCUCACCCGCCUUCUCUCUCUCUCUCCUCACCUCACCCGCCUUCUCUCUCUCUCUCCUACCCUCACCCACCUUCUCUCUCUCUCUCCUCUCCUCACCCGCCUUCUCUCUCUCUCUCCUCACCUCACCCACCUUCUCUCUCCUCACCUCACCCACCUUCUCCCUCUCUCUCCUCCCCUCACCCGCCUUCUCCCUCUCUCUCCUUCCCUCACCCGCCUUCUCUCUCUCUCUCCUUCCCUCACCCGCCUUCUCUCUCUCUUUCCUCACCUCAACCGCCUUCUCUCUCUCUGCUUCCCUCACCCGCCUUCUCUCUCUCUCUCCUCACCUCACCCGCCUUCUCUCUCUCUCCUCACCUCACCCGCCUUCUCUCUCUCUCUCCUCCCCUCACCCGCCUUAUCUCUCUCUCUCCUCACAUCACCCGCAUUCUCUCUCUCUUUCCGCACCUCACCCGCCUUCUCUCUCUCUCUCCUCACCUCACCCGCCUUCUCCCUCUCUCUCCUCACCUCACCCGCCUUCUCUCUCUCUCUCCUCCCCUCACCCGCCUUCUCUCUCUCUCUCCUCACAUCACCCGCAUUCUCUCUCUCUUUCCGCACCUCACCCGCCUUCUCUCUCUCUCUCCUCACCUCAACCCCCUUCUCUCCUUCUCUUCUCUUCUCCCCUCACCCGCCUUCUCUCUCUCUCUCCUUACCUCACCCGCCUUCUCUCUCUCUCUCCUCCCCUCACCCGCCUUCUCUCUUUCUCUCCUCCCCUCACCCGCCUUCUCUCUCUCUCUCCUCCCCUCACCCGCCUUCUCUCUCCCUCUCUCCUCCCCUCACCCGCCUUCUCUCUCUCUCUCCUCACCUCACCCGCCUUCUCUCUCUCUCUCCUCCCCUCACCCGCCUUCUCUCUCUCUCUCCUCCCCUCACCCGCCUUCUCUCUCCCUCUCUCCUCCCCUCACCCGCCUUCUCUCUCUCUCUCCUCACCUCACCCGCCUUCUCUCUCUCUCUCCUUCCCUCACCCGCCUUCUCUCUCUCUUUCCUCACCUCACCCGCCUUCUCUCUCUCUCUCCUCACCUCACCCGCCUUCUCUCUCUCUCUCCUCACCUCACCCGCCUUCUCUCUCUCUCUCCUCCCCUCACCCGCCUUCUCUCUCUCUCUCCUCCCCUCACCCGCCUUCUCUCUCUCUCUCCUCACCUCACCCGCCUUCUCUCUCUCUCUCCUCCCCUCACCCGCCUUCUCGCUCUCUCUCCUCACCUCACCCGCCUUCUCUCUCUCUCCUCCCCUCACCCGCCUUCUCUCUCUCUCUCCUCACCUCACCCGCCUUCUCCCUCUCUCUCCUUCCCUCACCCGCCUUCUCUCUCUCUCUCCUUCCCUCACCCGCCUUCUCUUUCUCUCCUCACCUCAACCUCCUUCUCUCCUUCUCUUCUCUUCUCCCCUCACCCGCCUUCUCUCUCUCUCUCCUCACCUCACCCGCCUUCUCUCUCUCUCUCCUCACCUCACCCGCCUUCUCUCUCUCUCUCCUCCCCUCACCCGCCUUCUCUCUCUCUCUCCUCCCCUCACCCGCCUUCUCUCUCUCUCUCCUCACCCGCCUUCUCUCUCUCUCUCCUCCCCUCACCCGCCUUCUCUCUCUCUCUCCUCACCUCACCCGCCUUCUCUCUCUCUCUCCUCACCUCACCCGCCUUCUCUCUCUCUCUCCUCCCCUCACCCGCCUUCUCUCUCUCUCUCCUCCCCUCACCCGCCUUCUCUCUCUCUCUCCUCACCCGCCUUCUCUCUCUCUCUCCUCCCCUCACCCGCCUUCUCUCUCUCUCUCCUCCCCUCACCCGCCUUCUCUCUCUCUCUCCUCACCUGCCUUCUCUCUCUCUCUCCUCCCCUCACCCGCCUUCUCUCUCUCUCUCCUCCCCUCACCCGCCUUCUCCCUCUCUCUCCUCACCUCACCCGCCUUCUCCCUCUCUCUCCCUUACUCACCUUCCCUAUCUCUCUCCUUCCUUCCCUUACCCUCUUACUCCCACAUCAUUUCUAUGCAGCCUCCCUCACCCCUCCCUCCCCCUCCCUCUCCCUCACCCUCACCCCCUGGAGCACACUCCCCCCGCUCCCACAAUACGCCGGGAUCUCGGUGGAUUUGGACUUUUCCUUUCUGGACCUGACUGUGAUGUUUCAGAAAGCUGCAGACAAACACUGCAGUGAGGAAAGACACAUGGUGUGCACUUAUCUUUAUUACAAUGACUUCAGUCUGCCUCCCCACGCCCUCACCCACCUCCCCCACGCCCUCACCCGCCUCCCCACGCCCUCACCCGCCUCCCCACGCCCUCACCCGCCUCCCCACGCCCUCACCCGCCUCCCCACGCCCUCACCCACCUCCCCACGCCCUCACCCGCCUCCCCACGCCCUCACCCGCCUCCCCACGCCCUCACCCACCUCCCCACGCCCUCACCCACCUCCCCACGCCCUCACCCGCCUCCCCACGCCCUCACCCACCUCCCCCCGCCCUCACCCGCCUCCCCACGCCCCCACCCGCCUCCCCACGCCCUCACCCACCUCCCCACGCCCUCACCCACCUCCCCACGCCCUCACCCGCCUCCCCACGCCCUCACCCGCCUCCCCACGCCCUCACCCACCUCCCCACGCCCUCACCCACCUCCCCACGCCCUCACCCGCCCUCACGGACUACACCGCCACCAUCUUCCUGCGUCAGCGCUGGACCGACGAGCGGCUGGUGUUUGAAGGGAACAAGAGCCUGAGUUUGGACGGACGGCUGGUGGAGCUGCUCUGGGUCCCGGACACUUUCAUCGUGGACUCCAAGAAGUCCUUCCUCCACGACAUCACGGUGGAGAACAGGCUGAUCCGGAUAUUCCCCAACGGGACCGUCCUGUACGCGCUGAGGAUCACCACCACAGUGGCCUGCAACAUGGACCUGACCAAGUACCCCAUGGACAAGCAGACGUGCACGCUACAACUGGAGAGCUGUGAGUACCUGCAGCGCACGUCAGGAUAA